GUUCAUUAGCUUUUUUUUCCUUUCGCCACCUCUAUGCUGUCCAGAAAGAUUCUUUCUACAGGCGCUACCGCCCGUCUCAUUCCACUGGCAUGUCACCAACAGCAGCAACAGUCGACCCGUGCCUUCACAGUUUUUUUAACGUGUCGUAAGGAUGUAGACGUUGAGGCUGUACCGACCAACAAGUCGGACAAUCCCAAGACAUCUUCUUCAAAACCACCCAUCCACACAGCGCGUUAUCUCCUCGAAGUAGCCGAGCGCCAAAAACGUCAAGAACUUAGAAAAGCAGGUGGUCGUGGUAACAAUAUCACUAAUGAUACAUCAUCAACAACACCGUUAUCGGAGGGUGGCGAGAAACCCCUUCGCCGCUUCAACUAUCGGAACCCUAGACAUUUUCAGGACGAGGCCUCUUCCUCUAAAAAUCCUGCCAAUAUUCCUGUUUCCCGAUUCCAGGCUGCUCCUUCAAUCCCAUAUGACACCACCAAGGAGCUACAGUUUGCAGACAAGAUCGAUUGGGAAGUUUCUUCAGUCUUUGAAUCCCGUCCUGUCUAUGCAAAUGUCGCUGCAGGCCGUGGAGCAGUUGCUCCUCUCGGCACCGCUGCUGUCAACAGCAACAGCUAUAACACUAUUCUCCCUGGAACAGCUCUCUCAGUCCAUGUCACUGGUGUCCGUGCUAACGGGGAUCUGGACCCUGAAGUAGAACAGAGUUUGAUACAGGAUCUGGCACCCAUUGCCAACAACAACGACAAGGAUCACCGCAAGAAAUCGGACGUGUCCUCUGUUGAGAAUCAACCAAUUUUGUUCCACCUCACACAUAACUAUCAGGAGAUUUUGAACCCCCGCAAUGCAGUCAACCGAUUCAAUAAUGGAGGCGUGAAACAUGUUGCCAACAUCGGCUAUGAAGUCAGCUCAGACGAGUUCAAGGGAGCAGCAGGUGUUGAGGAUCAACAGGCAGAAAAGUCAUGGAAGCGUCUGGAACGCUUGGGUGGUGAUUAUACUAGAGCAAGUGCUCCUGGGUCUUUACUAAAUUAUAAGAACGUUGGCAAGGAAGGUCGAACAGUACUGGAUAAUGUGGGUCAGCUGAUUGGUCAGAAUCGGAGCAUAGGACUGGAAGAUAAGAAAAAGUAUUUGAAAGCCGUGGAGAAAGGUUUAGGAAGCUAUUAAGCAUUUUACAACGAUUUGGGUGCGCUCUUCCCCUUCCUUGUGCUGAGCGUUUAUUUUUUUG